UUUUUAUGUGUAUUUGAACUAUAUGUGUUAUUUGUUACUUGAAAUCUAAAGCUUUUUGACAAUGAUUUUGUUUAUUGCAACGUAUCUAGUGGUUUUGGAAUUGGCCUCAGGGUUCCUGUUAGAUAACCAUGGAACAAUAGCCAUCCCAAAUGUCUGUCUGGACGCUCAACCAAACUGUGAUGUCCUAAACCAAACUUACAAUGUGUGUCAUGACAUACACAAUGGGGAACAUUUAUGUAGACGUUUUUGCGGAUUAUGUAACGUUGUUGAUGGUGGAUGGGGCUUUUGGGGUUCUUGGAGCACGUGUGACGUGACUUGUGGUAACGGAACGCGCACGCGCAGUAGACAGUGUGAAAGCCCCGCCCCACAAAAUGGCGGCGACGACUGUUCAGGGAAGAACACUGAACAAAUUACAUGCAUAUUGAACCCUUGUCCUGUGCAUGGUGGUUGGAGCGGUUGGAGUGAAUGGGGUUUAUGCAGCGUCACGUGUGGUGUUGGUCUGAGUAGAAGGGACCGUUACUGCGACAGUCCGUACCCCUCCAGGGACGGUAACCACUGCUUUGGAGACGGACUCAACUACAAUAUCUGCACAGGACCCUCUUGUUCAGCUUGGAGUACCUGGAAUUCUUGGAGCUCCUGUUCCAACACAUGUGGACAUGGUCUCAUGCAGCGUAGUCGAAACUGCACCGGGGUCACUGGAGCGUCGCCAAACAUGUGUUUAGGAGAGCCAAUCAAGUACAAAGCAUGUAAAACGUCCUGCUCUGAACAUUACCAUGCAAGAACUUCUGCCUUUGCUGCAAAUAGCCUUGCACAGACCAGUUCCGACUCACUGGUAUUCCAGUCCACGUUUUUCAACGAGGGAUCAGAUUAUAACACAUCCACUGGUGUUUUUACUUGCCGAAUACCGGGCAUCUAUUUCUUUGCCAUAACUUUGACAAAAAGCAGAGAAAGUGGAGUGGACUUUGUGAGGUCUUUUAUUCAAUUUACGAAUGGCAAUUUACUCAUGCACGUUGAUCCCUACGAUGAUCUGAAAACUGACUAUGGGGAAUACAUUAUGUCGUCAUCAACGACUCUUAAACUUAAUCAAACUGACACAGUUCGAAUACGCGGUGGAUCAGCAGCAAACCAUUUCAAUGCUGAUACAGCAUCUUUCACCGGAUUUCUUGUUAGAGCUGAUGAUGACUUACUUCGUUGAAUUGUAAAUGAUAUUUCAUCUGGCAGAUAUAUGUCAUAUUUCAAAAAACCAUAAUACACACAAUGAACUGUAGGAAAAAGAACUUUGAAUU